GGCGGUGCCUCGGAGCAGCUGACUCCACGUGCCGAGCGCUCCUUCUGCGUCGUUCAUUGCGCUCUCAUCCGCUCAUCACGCCCGCUCACUGCAAAUACCGAGCAGCAGCAGCAGCAGCAGCCAUGCCCGUGAUCGAGACCAUCACGGUGGAGGCUCCCACCUUGGAGCAGCAGCAGGACACGGCGCAGGCGCUCAAGGGUUCGUCCCCCAGCUCCCCCGUAGCAUCGCUGCCCCUGCUGCCCCUGCACGUGUGCACGCCGUUGCGCGAGAGCCUGGCGUUGGGCCGCGUGGCCGGCACGCGCGUGUUCCUCAAGCUCGACAACGCGCAGCCCUCGGGCUCCUUCAAGAUCCGCGGCAUCGGACACCUCUGCCAAGUGUCGGCACGGAGGGGAUGUCAGCGAUUCGUUUGCUCCUCCGGCGGGAACGCCGGCCUGGCCGCUGCUUACUCGGCGCGGAUGCUGGGCGUGCCAGCCACCAUCUACGUACCCUCCACCACCCCGAACUUCACGGUGGAGCGCUUGCGCGACGAGGGAGCCACCGUCAACAUUCACGGACAGAUGCUGGACGAUACGAUUGAGUACGCGAUGGAGGUGGCCAAAGCCAACAACUGGGUCUACAUUCCCCCAUUUGACAACCCUCUCAUUUGGGAGGGCCACGCGAGCCUGGUGCAUGAGCUGAAGGCCUCCAUGCACUCCAAGCCGGGUGCCAUCGCCCUGUCUGUGGGUGGUGGAGGCCUCAUGUGUGGCGUGGUGCAGGGCCUGAGGGAGGUGGGCUGGGAGGAUGUCCCCAUCAUUGCCAUGGAGACGCGAGGGGCCGACAGCCUCAACGCCGCGCUUGAGGCUGGGGAGCUCGUCACAUUACCCAGCAUCACCAGCAUUGCGAAAAGUUUGGGCGCCAAAAGGGUUGGUGCUUACUCGUUCAAGGUGGCCAAUGAACACCCGGUCUUCUCAGAGGUCAUCUCUGACCAGGAGGCUGUGAAAGCCAUGGAGAGGUUUUUGGACGAUGAGAGGAUCCUGGCGGAGCCGGCGUGCGGGGCGGCGAUCGCGGCCGUCUACUCCAAGGUGAUCCAGAAGCUGCAGGGGGAGGGGAAGCUGAGCUGGGACCUGCCCUCCGUGGUGGUGAUCGUGUGCGGGGGCAGCAACAUCACGCUCAAGCAGCUCUACCUCUUCAAGGAACAGCUGGGCAUGGACGACGACACGUCCUCGUGAGGGGGACCGCGUCGCCUCGUUGAAAAGGGCCCGGAGUGGGGGUGGGCAGGAGCGUUAAAAUUGUCUUCGCUUGGACACGAGCAGGAGAGACGCGAGCCUAUAAUGAGAUGAAAAAGUGAGACGUGAAUAGCAAUAGUGUUUCAAGUAUUUUUUGUAAGUUAUAUAUGGGAAUUAUUUUUGUAGGGAUAGAGUUUCGGUAUAUAACGCUUUGCAGGGUCUACCGAUGUGGACUUUUGUCCGUCGUUACUCAAGCUCGUUUCUAACUGGGGAUUAUUUCCAGUUGCGGGGAAAGUCAGAAAUGAAAAUCAGUAGGUAUAGUGUUGAAGAGUGGGUUUUAUAAUGGUACGUGGGCAUUUGUUUUGCAGGGAUAAAAAUGUAAUAUUAAAUCGAUGCAUAUUGUUGACUGAAAUAUCACUUUUUAUUGCGUUAAUUGCAACCAAGAAACGUGUCAUUUAAUUCCUUGUCUUGGUCUUACGGACUCUACCGCCAUUCGUCUCCACUGUUGUAUUUGUAUUUUUUUACUGACAGCCACCAAGCAGUCUCUUAUUGCUUGCGAUUGGAGGAUGUCGUGUUGGCCGUCGUACCAAAUGGCGUUCAGAGUUCGUCUCUGGAAUAUUCACGCUGGGGUUUACGAAUGUGCACCCGCGUGUGUUAAGAGGCCAAACUCAAAGGUUUGUCAGCUGUGCUGACACAAUCUCCGUUCACACGCCGACAAAUUCUAAAUCAUGUAAACUGGUCGGGCGAGAGCAAUAGUGCACAACGAUGGAGCUGGAACGUUUACGAAGUUGGUGGGGCGUGAGAGUCGUGGGUUGGAAUUCUGUUGUCGUAGGUGAAGGUGUGGAGGGUACCAAGUGGUUCGUUGGCGUUCACCAAAGGCACUUUGGAACAUUACAAAUGUAUAACUUGUCUUUUCUGUUGUACAUCCGGCCCAAAAUAUAUGAAGGCACACUCUACUGUACCGAUAUCUACAUCAUUUUAGUGUUCUUGAAAUGUCGUUUUUUGUUUUUAGUUAUAAUGCUGGAUUUUAUAAUGAAUAUUUCAUAAAUUUUAAACACUGUAUAGUAAAAGCAAUAUUGUAUGUUUGCUGUUACGUUUCGGUGCGCACUGUAAUAAAUGUGUUGAAAGGCCCGAAAAUGUUGUUGUAUUUUUAAGUAAACAUUUUGGAUAUUU